AUGGGAAAAGGGCCUUUUUCCCAUGUUGGCCAUUUUGCUCAAGGUUGUUCUGUGAUUUUUGAUCUGGCAUUUGCCUGUGAGAUUGGCAGCACUGAUUGUGCCAAAGAACAUAUUGGGCAGAAAAACCACAUAAGCCUUGCCAUCUUCCAGCCUGACAGGGACUUGAGAGUCGUUGCUGACACAGCUGUUUUGGAUGGAAUAGAAGAGAUUAAUUUGGGGCAGGGCGGCUCCAGGGGCAGAGGGUGGCCGCCAUUCGCCGGGAAAGAGGGAUGGCGCCGGGUGUCCCCGGAACCGCGGCGGUCGCUCGGCUAUGACGUUCCCUGCUCGCAGCAUAUCCGGCCGGGCCAUCCCGGCGGCUCCCGCUCGGUGUCUCUGCCUUCCCGGUGCUUCCCAUGGCCCUGCCCGCCGUCCACAGGUGCCUCCAAUGUUCAGGUUCAAACAGAAACCCAUUUAUGGCGUAAGGGUGAAGACAGCAAGGAUUUUGUUCUAGAGUGUGACAGUAUCAGACUGCUUCAUAUGUAUAAUGAGCUACAGAAACGUUACGUUAGAGAAAGCAAAAAAAACAAGGAGCAAAGUGAAGCAAUUAAAAAUCUCACUAUUAAAAUUCAUGAGCUAGAGCAUAAUCUUCAAGAGCAGAGGCAAAGAAUUGAACAACUGGAAUGUAAAAAGGUUUCUUGGAAAACUAGUGCUGUUUCUGGAAAAAGAAGUCGAACCUCAGAGGGAGGAAUAACUUCUCACAGGGACAUUUCUGAAGAGAAAGAAUCCUGUUGCAGUAAAUAUUUAGAGCUAUUGUUGAAGGAGAUUAAAAAGCUGAAGAAAGAAAAUGGAAAGUUGUCUGCAGAAAAGAGAGCACUAAAAAAUGAAUUAGCUGGAUUAGACAAGGAAUUUUUUGAAGAGGUAGAAGAUCUAAAGCAUGCUGUACAGGAAUGUAUGAAACUGAACUAUGAGUAUGAAAAGUGCUUGAAACAAAUAAGUGUAAUGUAUGGGCUUCCUUUUACAGCACAUUUGUAACUACUGCUUAAUUUGAGUUUCCACUUUUUUUUUUUUAUACUCACUGCAACAUUUAAACCUACCAUGGCUUAAGUGGUACCUCAUUUUGAUAAUGUUUUGGAUUCAUUAAUAUGAUCCUAACAAGCUUCUCUGAAAUGUUUUUGUAUUUUGUGCCUUUGAUUUUUUGUUUAUAUGGUUUUUAAAUAAACUGUGGUCUGUAUAACUUCAACUAAGUUUCAAAGCCUUCUCUUUCACACUUAUGAAAUACAUUCAUUGUAGGAGUGAUUGUGGGCGUUUAUGGGAAUAUGACAAAAUCUUUGAAUUUCCCAAUUUAUCCUUUUCUGUAAGCUAAAUCAAAUUAGAUGUGUAGAUUUG